GCUGCAUGAGCUGUGGCUCUUUUGGACUUUUAGAGAAUGGCCAUCACGCAUUCCGACCUCGAACCAAGCCGCAGAAGCACCGAGUUUGGUAGCAAAACCUGGGCGUUCCUCAUAGUAUUGAUCAUUCUCUGUGGCCUAUUUUGCUUUGUUCUUUGUCUCAUAGCGGAAGCCUUGCGUUCUGAGGUCACUUGGGUGGGAAGCGAUGAUAAAGGAAACGAAGGGAAAUAUGAAUGUGUGUAUAGUGGCAGUGGGAAAACACCAUUGUUUUGUGCUGCUGCUGCAUUUGUUGGACUAGCUGUUGCCAUGGUGGUGGAACACACCUACCUGUUGAUUGCGGUUGCAAUAUCGCCACCUUCGGCUCUUACUUGGGAACCUGACUCAGCUCCUGCCAAGUCUCUAACAUGGCUAGCCGGAUUUUUCUUUGUUUCAACUUGGAUCUGCUUUUCCGUAGCAGAGAUUUUGUUAUUGAUCGGGUUAAGCGUAGAGUCAGGCCAUCUUAAGAAUUGGAACAGGCCAAAACCAAGUUGCCUUGUCAUUCGAGAAGGCUUGUUCUCUGCAGCUGGAGUGUUCUCCUUAACUACAGUCUUCCUCGCUGCAGGUUUAUACUUGACAGCACUGCGUGCAGAAAAAAUAUCUCAAGAGCUGGAGAGCGUGCGGCGUGAAAUAGUAGAGAGAUCCAUCCUCUAUGCGUCUCCACCAAGUUCGCCCCCAUUACAUCACAUGGCAACCUUGGCAAGAGAGAACCCCAUCACCGCAGAGAAUCAUACUCAACCACCAUUGUUUGUAUUUCCACAAGCAUUGAGCAAGAACUCAAAUGCAGUGUGACGCGGCAAGCCAGCCAAGGAUAGAUUGUUUGUGACUCUAGCUAAGCUGAAGGCACAAGUUACGUCUCCAUUCUACGCAAGUAAAAUGGAGAAGCUUAUAUAUUGUUCAUUUUCAUGAAAUUAUUAUCGUUCAUUUAUUUUUUGCAUUUUAACCUUGUACAAGUUUUCAAGAGAAACAUAUCGAGAUGCCUGUGAAUAUAUUGUUAUUUUGCAAUGAACAAUUAAUUUAAAAGGUGAAAAAACAAGUUGUA